UCAGCCAGAGCCCUGCGUGGCCAAGCUCAGGCCCCAGCAGCAUUUUCGGGUCAGAGCUGCCCGUGGCGCAGCCACAAGGACCUCAGCCAUGAACGGCACGGAGGGCCCCAACUUCUAUGUGCCCUUCUCCAACAAGACAGGCGUGGUGCGCAGCCCCUUCGAGUACCCGCAGUACUACCUGGCUGAGCCCUGGCAGUUCUCCAUGCUGGCCGCCUACAUGUUUCUGCUGAUUGUGCUUGGCUUCCCCAUCAACUUCCUCACUCUCUAUGUCACAGUCCAGCACAAGAAGCUGCGCACACCUCUCAACUACAUCCUGCUCAAUCUGGCCGUGGCUGACCUCUUCAUGGUCUUUGGAGGCUUCACCACCACCCUCUACACCUCUCUGCAUGGAUACUUCAUCUUUGGACCCACAGGAUGCAAUCUGGAGGGCUUCUUUGCCACGCUGGGCGGUGAAAUUGCCCUGUGGUCCUUGGUGGUCCUGGCCAUCGAGCGGUACGUGGUGGUAUGCAAGCCCAUGAGCAACUUCCGCUUUGGGGAGAACCACGCCAUCAUGGGCCUCGCCUUCACCUGGGUCAUGGCACUGGCCUGUGCCGCGCCCCCACUAGCCGGCUGGUCCAGGUACAUCCCAGAGGGCCUGCAGUGUUCGUGUGGGAUUGACUACUACACGCUCAAACCAGAGGUCAACAACGAGUCCUUCGUCAUCUACAUGUUCGUGGUCCACUUCACCAUCCCCAUGAUCGUCAUAUUCUUCUGCUAUGGACAGCUGGUCUUCACAGUAAAGGAGGCAGCUGCCCAGCAGCAGGAGUCAGCCACCACCCAGAAGGCCGAGAAGGAAGUCACUCGCAUGGUCAUCAUCAUGGUCAUCGCGUUCCUGAUCUGUUGGCUGCCCUACGCCAGCGUGGCAUUCUACAUCUUCACCCACCAGGGCUCUAACUUUGGCCCUAUCUUCAUGACCCUCCCGGCAUUCUUUGCCAAGUCAUCCUCCAUCUACAACCCCGUCAUCUAUAUCAUGAUGAACAAGCAGUUUCGGAACUGCAUGCUCACCACCCUCUGCUGUGGCAAGAACCCACUGGGUGAUGACGAAGCAUCCACCACUGCCUCCAAGACGGAGACCAGCCAGGUGGCACCAGCCUAAGCCCUGCCAAGGACUCUGCUGCCGACUAUAGGAGUCUCCCAUCCCCCAACACUCACCCUCAGCAACAGCUGCCCCACCAG